AUGAACCUGGAUGCUUUGUUCCAGCAAAUACAGUUCACAGAGAAGCAAGCGAGGGAGAAGAGGCGCCUCAUCCAACAAGCUAAAUUCGACAUAAGUAGAAGUUAUGAAAAAAUUAACCAAAUAAAAGAAGAGCUGAGCACUGCAAAAAUGAAAUUAGAAACUAAGGUUCAGCAUCUGUCUGAAAAACAGUUCUACUUAGAAGUUCUGAAGAAACAUGAAGACAGCUUAGAAAAACAGAAAACUGAACUUAUUAACCAAAAAAGCAGUCUUCUUAAAAUCUUUACAGAUGCAAAGAGAAAAAUGACUGAAGAAGAAGAUAAUUUUACUAGAGAAGUAACAAAGUUUAACAAUGAGUAUGGACUGACAAGUAAUAGAGAUCUUCUGAUUAAAAAAAAAGUCAAGACUGAAAUAAAUGCUUUAGAGAAUGAGGCAGCUCUGUUGAAAAAUGAAAUGGAGUCAAUGGAACAUAAAAAUGUUCAGUUAAAUGCACUGCAGCUGCAGACGAAUGAAUUAAAGCAGGAUUUAUUUACUCUUCAAAGUGAACUCAAAGAACUUGAGAAAGUAAUCAGGGAGGCUGAAACAAUGACGAAGGAUUUAGAAGCAGAAAAAGUCCAAGUCACUGAAAAAUGUCAGACUGAUCCUGAAUGUUUAAGGCUUAAGAAAGAAUUGGAAAAUUGCAAAGAUGAGGAUUGGGAAAGUAUCUGUGAGACUCUUCGAACAGAAAUUGAAAUUCUGCAAAUGAAUCUAUCACAAAAAAAGUCUUCAGACAAGUGA